UAGAGUCUAUGGCUCAUCUUGGGUUGUAACCUCAACCUCUCCUUGCUCUCAUCACCCUUGUAAUUAGUUUUUCUACCUCGUUUCUAAUAUUUUGUGCAGUGUACAAAAAUGUCACGCCGAGCACUAAAAGCAAUAAAUUGGGCUGCCCUUGCAGAGAGGAUUCCCGAAAGUGAGAAGAAUGUGCUAGCAGCAUUCAAAACUAAAUCGGAUCUGUACCUUCGAAAGGUCCAAGAAAAUCCAGAAACUGCUCCCAAAAUUGAUUGGACCCACUAUAAGAAAGUUAUUUCUGUUCCGGGAAUGGUUGAUUCAUUCCAAAAACAGUAUGAAUCACUCCAGAUUCCCUAUCCCGCUGAUAAUUAUACUGCAACAGUAGAAGCCCAAGAAAAGGAGGCGGUUGUUGACAUCGAGAAGUUCAUUCAAGAGUCGAAUAAAGAGAUCGAGAGAGCCAAAGGUGAAAUAACUAGAAUUCAGGGCCUGCUGCCAAUCAGUGAGAUGACUAUGGAAGAUUUUAAGGAUUCUUAUCCGGAAUAUGCACUAGACCCUCUUAACAACCCAACAAUUUAUCCUCAUGAUCCCGACAGACAACCUGGUUCCGAAAAAGAAGAAGAAAAGUCAAGUCACUAAGCAUAUUCAAUUCAGCGAGCACGGUAGUCUGAAAUAUACCAAUGCUUCUCAAUUUUUUUUGAGAUGAGCUGUUAACAUCUUUUGAAUUGCGUGAUAAUUUAUAGUGCAUAUGAGUGAGAAUAGGUCAAUGUUUGCUCUGUAAUCGUUAACAGUGUACAACAUCAUCAAAUAAAUGAAUCAUUAUUUAA